AUCAUUAUCAUAAGCCCUAGAUCGGACGGUCCAGGACUACUAUAAAAAUACACAUAAACAAAAAUAAAAACCCUAAUACUCUGCUCGUCAUUUUCGUCUUCUCAACUCCGCCUCUCUUCGCUUUUCACGGGCACACAGCACACUACCCGAAAAUGCCUUUCAAGAGGUACGUUGAGAUCGGAAGGGUGGCUCUCGUCAACUACGGCAAUGACUAUGGAAAGCUUGUUGUCAUUGUCGACGUCAUCGACCAGAACAGAGCUCUUGUUGAUGCUCCCGAUAUGGUGAGGUCUCAAAUGAACUUUAAGAGACUUUCCCUCACUGACAUCAAAAUUGACAUCAAGAGGGUUCCAAAGAAGAAGGAACUUCUUGCAGCUAUGGAAGCUGCUGAUGUAAAGAAGAAGUGGGAGAACAGUUCCUGGGGACGAAAAUUUAUUGUUCAGAAGAGAAGGGCAUGUCUCACUGACUUUGAUAGGUUCAAGCUCAUGUUAGCUAAGAUUAAGAGGGCUGGACUGGUCAGGCAAGAGCUUGCAAACCUGAAAAAGAAUGCAGCUUAGACCACUAUAGUGAUUUCACAAUUUUGUUAUCAAUUCCUGGAAUUCUACUUUUGGAUUUAAUCUUUUUAUAUUUUCAAUCAAUUUAGAGUUUCAGCAGUUUUUUAUGGUUUUCUUUUUCUUUAAGCAUUGUUGCCUUGUUGUUUCUAGUUUGAUGACAUCACCAUUUAAUGUAGAAUUUCUAAUCUGAGUGUUUGUGCUA